AUGCUGCAGAAUGCUCCUGUCCGACCAUACCCCAAGCGCAUCGACAUCUCUAGUAAAGCCUGCGACCUGUGCCGCAAGCGCAAGGUCAAAUGCGAGCUCCCGAGCUUGAGCUCUCCCACCGACCCGACUGCGGCGCGAUGCGCGCGCUGCGAGCGACUGAAUCAGCCUUGCACAUUUAUCGUUCCGUGCAAGACCCGAGGGCCUAAGAAGCGCUCCCAAACGCAUCCCAGCGACAGCGGACACCCCCCACUCGCGAACGACAACCACCCCGACGCAAAUGCAACACCCCCCAACAGCGUGACCGACGACCUCUGCUCGCGCUCGCUCUUCCAGCGCAUCAUGCAAGACUACCUCGAGCACAUCUAUCCGCUCGUUCCCAUCGUCCACCGCCCCUCCUUCCAGGACUGUCUCCGCCGCGGCCGUCACGAGCACGACAGCGGCUUCCUGGCACUAACCGUCGCCAUCGCCGCCCUCGUCGUGGCCACCCUCCCCAGCAAAUUCCAAGACUACCGCACCGCCACCCCGCCGCUGCGCUUCACCACGCGCCGCGCGAUGGUGCGCUACUGCUACGAAAAGAACCUCGCGCUGCGCACCUCCUACUACUUCGACGAGAUCAGCUUCCAAAAAUUCGCCGCCUCGUUCUUACUGUUCGCCGCCUUCCUGCAGCUGGGCGAUCACAACCGCGCCCGCAUGCUGGAUGUCGAGGCCAUGCAGUUUGCGCGGCUGUUGAAUCUGCAUGCCGUCUCCGCAUAUGAGGGAUUGAAUUGCAUCGAGACGCAGUUGCGCAAAAAAGGGUUUUGGUUGGUAUUUUAUGGGUUUGUCCACACGCAGCUACAGAAUAUGCUAGGCGAACGGCUGUCGUAUCUUGACCCCGUGCAACUGCAGGCUAUCAAUCCCGAGGAUCUCAUGCCGGUCGAGGUGGACGAUGAGCUGAUCUUCGAGAAUGAGGUGCUCAUGCCCGCCGUCCCCACCCCGUGUCUGGUUACGGGAUUCAAGAUCCACUCGCGUGUGUUUUGGGCGGCCAUCCGCAGCCCCUAUUCUCAUGCGCAUCCAAACCAAGUCUCGAUCGAGCCGUGUGCCUGCGUUCGCGCGCAAGACGCCAAUGUGCGGGUGGCGUACCUGCGGGACAGGCUGCAAUGUAUGCGCAAUCUGCUGCACAACGUGCCGCCCUCCCUGCGGCGGGAGGCCCCGGACGUCUCGGGCUUGCAGGAGUCGUCGACGUUACAGUCCUCGUUCGAGUCCAUGCGCGUGAAUAUUCACGUCACGCAUCUCUGGCUGCAGAGCCUGCUCAUCGACCAUUUGGAGGCGGCACAGGGGGCAGACCCGAGAGCCCUCUGGAGGGAGAGGGCAGAGCUAUGUCGGCAGCUGUUCUUUCUGCUCUACAAUGUUCCCGACCAUAAUCUCGAGAUCAACGGCCUGCAUCUGGCUUACAAAGUACGGGACAUCGCCGCUGGCAUGCUGACUUGUCCCUACUCCGCCAACGAGCCGGAGGCGGAGAGCGCGGCCGAAUACAUCCGCCGUGCCACUGAGAUCCUGUCGCGACUGGACAGCAGCGAGAGCGUGAAUACGAUGAACCUACAAGCCUGGGUCGAUACGGAUCGUAUUCGUACAACAUGA